CUACAGCCCUCAUAAAUUUUCACCUCAGACAAUAGGUUAUGAGCCCCACGGCUACACACUAACCUGUCCACUCAUUAAAGCUUCCACUGUGCUCACAUUCCUUCCCCCUCUGACGGAUGACAACACCGCCAUCUACCCCAGCGCCAACACUAGCACCAGCUCGUCCUCCAGCACCACCUGCUCCACAGCCCUCUACUCCCAUGUCUACAUCCACAAAACAACCCUCCGGCUCAAACCGUCUCUUUGACAUUCCAUCCCUUGAGAAUGAAGGCGGCAACUACCAGCAAUGGAAGUUCCGUGUUGAGACGGUCCUACGCAUCAGGAAGCUCUGGGACAUUACUCAGGGCCAGGAAACCCGACCUGCGGAUUCCGAACCUGCCA